AUGGAAGUCAAGUUGAGAUUAAAGACAAACCCAAGGGAGAAAGGAAGAAAGAGGACAAAAUAUGACACAGCGAAGUUGAAGGAUGAAGAUACAAGAAAGACUUUCACCAUCGCCUUGAAGAACAGGUAUGGCGUGCUGGAGGAGGAAGAGAUAGAGCUAUCAGGAAGAUGAACGCGACGAAAAGGAUAUAGAGCGAGAGUUCAACAUCAUGAUGAAGGCACAUGCUGAAGCUGCUGAGACAGUGCCUGGAAAACCGAGAAGAAGAAAAAACCAUGGAUAAACGACCGUUCAUGGAAGCUCGUAGAAGAGAGAGAGGAGAUCAACAAAAAGAUCUUUGGAACACGCUCAGAAAGAGCGAAGACACAGCUCAGGAAGAAAUAUGCAGAGAAGAAGUCGGAGGUGAAGAAGAGUAUAUGGACAGACAAAAGGAUAUGGAUGGACGGUAUUGCAGACGAGGCAGAGUAUGCUGCAAGGAACCAACAUAUGAGAACGCUGUAUGGGCUAACUAAGACCCGGUGCAAUGAGAGAUCAAGAAGGAGUGGCGCUGUCCUAGACAAGGGGGUAAUCUCUUAAGCAGCAAGGAAGAUAUACAAGCUAGAUGGACAGAGCACUUUCAAGAAAUCCUUAAUAGAGAAGGACCAACAAACCCAAAAACCGAGGAGGAAGACAAUGGCUUUGGAUUCACUGAUAUCAUCGAAGAGAUAGCAACUAAUGAACCAACAUUGGGAGAAGUAAAAUCAGCCAUAGCUAGGAAGACUGAAGAACGGAAAAUCAUCACUGACAGACUCGAUUACGAUAGAGUUACUGAGGGAAGGCGUAGAUUUUCUGCAAAGAAAAUACAUGAAUUAUUGAAGAACAUCUGCAUGGAAGUAUGA